AUGCGUAAUUUGCCUAGAAUCAACUUAAAAUCAACUUUUACAACAUUCAGUCGGAUAAUGUCACAGCAAAAGGAAGUUUCCGCAGGCGUUAUGGCUUCUAGUGGGGCCAAGAAAGAAAACGUCAAGAAGAGUAAGCUGCAGGUGUCGCUGAAAACUCCGAAGGGCACCAAGGACUGGGCGGACAAAGAUAUGGUGAUCCGUGAAGCUAUUUUCCAGCGCCUUUCAGGGAUGUUCCGGCGCCACGGCGGUGUCACCAUCGAUACGCCUGUGUUCGAGCUGCGGGAGAUCCUGGCCGGCAAAUACGGCGAGGAUUCGAAGCUGAUAUACGACCUGAAGGAUCAGGGCGGAGAACUGUGCUCGCUGCGCUACGAUCUGACUGUGCCGUUUGCGCGGUUUGUGGCCAUGAACAACAUCCAAAACAUCAAGCGCUACCACAUUGCCAAGGUCUACCGGCGGGACCAGCCAGCAAUGACAAAGGGACGGAUGCGGGAGUUCUACCAGUGCGACUUUGACAUUGCGGGCUCCUACGAGUCCAUGGUUCCGGACGCCGAGUGUCUGUCGAUUUUGGUCGAAGGUCUAACUGGGCUGGGCAUCCAGGACUUCAAGAUAAAGUUGAACCACCGCAAGAUCCUUGAUGGUAUUUUUGAAAUUGCUGGUGUGAAGGAAGAGGACGUCCGGAAGAUUUCUUCAGCGGUGGACAAGCUGGACAAGUCUCCAUGGGAAGUUGUUCGGAAGGAAAUAACCGUUGAGAAAGGGCAAUCCGAAGCUACCGCAGACAAAAUUGGUGAGUAUGUCAAACUCAGCGGCUCGCUAGAGGAAGUGUACGAGAAGUUGGCCGCUGACGCUGCGGUUACGUCCAACGAGAAGGCAAAACAGGGUUUGGAGGAAAUGGCUACGUUGACAAAGUACACGAGAGCAUUUGGCAUCAAUGAGUUCAUCUCUUUUGAUCUCUCCCUAGCAAGAGGGCUUGACUACUACACCGGUGUCAUUUACGAGGCGGUGACUGGCGCUUCUGCUCCUCCUUCGAACGCCCAAGAAUUGAAGGCGAAGGCUAAGGAUGCCGAAGAUGCCUCCGAAUACGUUGGUGUCGGCUCCAUUGCCGCCGGUGGCCGUUACGACAACCUUGUCGGCAUGUUUGCAGAGGCCUCUGGCAAGAAGUCCGUUUCCAUUCCUUGCGUCGGGUUGUCUUUUGGUGUUGAGAGAAUUUUCUCUCUGAUCAAGCAGCGUUCUGAAAGAGCCUCCUCUAUCAGACCCACAAGUACUCAGGUCUUCGUCAUGGCCUUCGGAGGAGGGAAGGACUGGACUGGCUACUUGCCUGAAAGAAUGCAGGUGACAAAACAACUCUGGGAUGCUGGCAUUGACACCGAAUACGUUUACAAGUCAAAGGCCAACCCCAGAAGACAGUUUGAGGCCGCAGAAAAGUCUGGCUGCCCACUGGCAGUGAUUCUAGGCAAGGAGGAGUAUUUGGAGGGCAAAUUACGUGUCAAGCGGUUGGGCCCCGAAUUUGCGGACGACGACGGCGAGCUGAUUGACGCUGCGGACGUCGUUAAAGUCGUCAAGAACAAGCUAGCCGAAAUCCGGGUCGAUGGUAUGGACGAGGUUGAACGUCUAUUACGGAGUUUGUGA